UCAAGUGAUGUCUUCGUACAGGUCGCGGGGGUGAUGGUUGCGUAGCCUUCCAUCGAGAAAAGUUUAUGCCACAAGGCCCUCCAUCGGGCGGAAACGGCGGACACGGCGGCGACGUCUAUAUCCUUCCCACACCACAUCUCACGACCCUUUCCUCUGUACCCGCACGAGUCGCCGCACAAGCAGGCGGACAUGGCAAAGGCACCUGGAUGAACGGCAAGAACGGACCUCCAACGAUCAUUCGUGUCCCGCUCGGCACAGUGGUGCGCCAGCUGGCGAAAGAUGAUCCACGACGUACAAAAGAUGAAUUUGAAGUGGAAGAAGAGGCACUCGAGGGCCUGGACCUCGAAGAGCGGAAGAUGAGAAUGCAAGAAAGACGAUGGGUACACUACCCGACGCACCAAGACGACAACGUGAAGCGAGACACGUUCAAGGACGCGGAGAAGAUGUUCUAUCGCGAGGAACGCGCGUAUCGCAUUCAGCGCAGGAAGCGUGCGGAGAACCCGAUAUACCUGGACCUUGACAAGGCGGAGGAAAUGGAAGGAGCUGGAGACGCGAAUGCACCUCUGGGGCUGCCCCGCCAAAAUAACUUUGGUCAUCUCAUUGCUCGGGGCGGCGCUGGCGGGUACGGCAACCCGCACUUUCUGGGGACAAACGAUCGCUCGCCGAAGUUCGCCACGCGUGGACGAGACGGCGAGCGCGCGAGCCUGUCACUCGAGCUCAAGUUGCUCGCAGACAUUGGUCUCGUGGGCAUGCCGAACGCAGGCAAAAGUACGCUUCUGCGUGCAGUCACGGGCGGACGGGCAAAGACGGCAAUCGCGGGGUACGCUUUCACGACACUGAAUCCGUUCGUCGCUGUCGUGCGCGUGCGCGACGACGGCACGUUCGUGGGCUGGGACGCGGAUAGCGUGUACGACGAGACAGCGCUCGAGGAGCAACGCGAACGCGAGCUUAUGGAGAGCGGGGCCUACGCCGACGCGCGCACGCGCAAUCAGCGCGCCGGCGACGACAGCGUCUACGCUGUGGCGCCACUCGAGGACUUCCGCUUCACGGUCGCCGACAACCCGGGGCUCAUCGAGGACGCGUCGGACAACGUUGGGCUCGGGCAUUCGUUCCUGCGGUCGAUCGAGCGCUCGCCUGCGCUCGUGUACGUCGUCGACCUCGCAGGCUCGGCGCCGUGGGACGAGUUGCGUGUGCUGCGCGCGGAGCUCGAGAAGUACAAGUCGGGCAUGAGCACACAGGCCCGCAUGGUCGUCGCGAACAAGGCGGAUUUGCUCGCACAGGACGGGAGCACGGAGCAGGUUCAGGAGGCGAAAGCGAAGCUUGCGCGCCUGGAGCACUUCGUCCGGGAGGAGAUGAGCGCCGACGGGAGGGUGUUGGACGUCGUGCCCAUCUCAGCCAAGUUCAACAUGAACUUGAAGAAGACUGUCGGGCUUAUGAGGAGCUAUGUCGAGGAGGCCAGGCGACUCGCUCUGGUGUAGUUUACUAGUCCAUGGAUUUAAUCGUUUCAGCAACCUUCUGCAUUGACUCCUGCUUGGGGUGUCUUUCCGACACAAACUCUUUUUGUGCGGGAGCGCUUC